AUGGGGGUACCUUUAUUCGGGGAGAACAAUCCCUUCUACUCCCGGAUCUGGAAUGGACUAAGUCAGAAGUUGCAAGGCAAAAAAUCCUGGGAUAAACAUCUGGAUGAAAUCUACUUACUCCAGCAGAAAAGGAUCUGGGAAUCCCCACUCCUCCAGGCUGCCAAAGAGAAUGACCUUGCAGCCAUUAGGAAACUUCUCACUGACGGAACAUGUGAUAUCUAUCAGAGAGGUGCAGUGGGGGAGACUGCCCUUCAUGUAGCUGCUUUGUAUGAUAACUUGGAGGUGGCAGUGGCUCUGAUGGAAGCAGCUCCUGAGCUUGUCAAUGAGAGGAUGACAUCAGAGCUCUAUGAAGGGCAGACAGCUCUCCACAUUGCAGCAGCAAACCAGAACAUCACUUUGGUGAAGGCUUUGCUUAAGAGAGGAGCCGAUGCCAGCACAGCACAGGCCACUGGGCACUUCUUCAGGCGCAGCUCCCAGAGCCUUUUCUAUUUUGGAGAGCAUGUUUUAUCAUUUGCUGCCUGUGUGGGAAAUGAGGAAAUUGUACAGUUGCUCAUUGAAAAUGGAGCUGACAUCAGAGCUCAAGAUUCUCUGGGUAACACUGUUCUUCACAUCCUCGUUCUCCAGCCUAAUAAGACGUUUGCCUGCCACAUGUACAGCCUGAUUCUUUCCUAUGACAGGAACAAAGAGGGAUCAGGAUCACUUGAACUGAUCCCUAACAAUGAAGGUCUUACUCCAUUCAAACUCGCUGGAGUUGAGGGCAACACUGUGAUGUUUCAAUACCUUAUGCAGAAGAGGAAGCAGAAUCUCUGGUCUUUUGGCCCCUUGACCACUGUGCUCUAUGAUAUCACAGAGAUUGACUCCUGGGCUGAAGAUCAGUCCUUCCUUGAGCUCAUUGUAUCAACCAAGAAGAGAGAGGCGCGCCAGAUCUUGGACCUAACACCUGUGAAGGAGCUGGUGAGCCUGAAGUGGAAUAUGUAUGGUCGUCCCUAUUUCUGUUUCCUGGCUUUAUUCUAUAUACUCUACAUGGUCUGCUUCACUAUGUGCUGCGUCUACCGACCUCUGAAACCCCGAACGGGCAACAAAACAAGCAGCAGAGACAAUACAGUCUAUGUCCAGAAAAUGCUGCAGGAAUCUUAUGUGGCAUAUGAGGAUGAGCUGAGGCUGGUGGGGGAGCUGAUCACAGUCAUUGGAGCUGUAGUAAUUUUGGUUCUUGAGAUCCCAGAUAUCCUUAGAGUUGGAGCAGCGAAAUACUUUGGACAAACAAUCCUAGGAGGUCCUUUCCACAUAAUUGUCAUCACAUAUGCUUGCAUGAUUCUGGUAACCAUGGUGAUGCGUCUCACCAGCACCACUGGAGAGGUGGUGCCCAUGUCCUUUGCCCUGGUGCUAGGAUGGUGCAAUGUCAUGUACUUCGCACGAGGCUUCCAGAUGCUCGGACCUUUUACCAUCAUGAUCCAGAAGAUGAUAUUUGGAGAUCUUAUGCGCUUUUGCUGGCUCAUGGCUGUGGUGAUAUUAGGCUUUGCAUCAGCUUUUUACAUCAUCUUCCAGACAGAGAAUCCUGAAAACCUUGGGCAAUUCUACAACUAUCCCAUGUCCUUGUUCACCACUUUUGAGCUGUUCCUCACUAUCAUUGAUGGCCCUGCAAACUAUGAUGUGGACCUGCCCUUUAUGUACAGCGUGGUGUACUUUGCUUUUGCCAUCAUUGCUGCCCUCCUUAUGCUCAACUUGUUAAUUGCCAUGAUGGGUGAUACCCACUGGAGAGUGGCCCAUGAGCAGGAUGAGCUCUGGAGAGCCCAGGUUGUCGCUACUACUGUCAUGCUGGAGCGGAAACUGCCAAGGUGUCUCUGGCCUCGCUCGGGAAUCUGUGGGCGGGAAUAUGGGUUAGGGGACCGAUGGUAUCUCAGAGUUGAAGACAGGGUUGAUCCCAACAAACACAAGAUGAUGCGGUACACAGAAGCAUUUAAGGCUCAGGAUAGGGAUAACUAUGACAAAGGAUCAGAAAAGCUGGAAAUCAAUAGAGACAUCCUGUACAAGAAGGAAUUUUCUGCUCUGUCAUUGUCACGAAGCACAUCCAGAACUAGUUCUCACCGUGGCUGGGAGAUCCUGAGGCGCAACACUUUCCGCCAACUUUGUGGAGAGGUUGGUCAUGCCACGGAAGAGGAGGUCUAUGAUGUCUAAGAAACCUCUAUUUUUACUCCACAAGAUGAAUCCCUUUUGCAACAGUUGUCUUCUAUAGCUGUUCAUACACUCCCCAGCAUGCUACACACAUUCAUCAGCCUUGAAGAACUCCACUGGUGAAGAUUUCAUGAGCAGUUCAUGGCAUCUAUGCUAUGAUAUGUGAAUGCAGUCUUUUCUCUCCUACUUAUAAGUGCCUCUGCAGUUGCACUGAUAUUUGCACCAAGCUGGUGGGCUUGUUGAGCUAUAUAAUGCAAAUGUGCAAGAGAAGCCAGCAAUGAGAUUUCAUCCAUUUAUGAAGAAGUGAUCAGUAAGCCCUCUUCCAGAUUGUUACAUGCAGUAUAAUCUAUCUCCCCAGUUUCACAAAAUCACAAUACUCUCAUAGCAAAGAACGAUGACUGAAGUUCUGGUUUAUGAUUUGGUACAGAGUUGGAAAAAGACCAACAACCAAGCCCUGUAACUGAGCUCAGGAAUAAAGGUAGUUGUUGAUACUGUGAUGAUUAAAAAGGACUGUAAAUACUCAGCUGGAAUUCAGGGCCUGACAGAUUUUGGCCUCUGAAGAAAGGCAGUCUCUGUUAACUGCAUUUUCAACAUUGCUAUCUUAGCAGGACUGUUAUCAUUUUGGUUUGUGUUGCUUGUUUGGGUUCUUUAUUGGUGAUGGAGUUUUUUGCUUGUUUCUUUGUUUUUGUCACAUGAAUGCACUUUAAGCUUUUGAAAAGAAGUGAUUGCUAUUCCUGAGAGGACUCUGAAGUGGGAACUUCUUUUCCUAUUAAGAGCAUGUGUGACCCGAUUAGGUGACUUUCAGCAAUGUGAAAUUUCAGCAGAGAUAUUUAUCUCCCAAGUGAGCUUAAGCUGGUCUUUUGUUUUCUGUGGAAGAGUAGGUUUCUGAAUCAUAACUCCCUGACUUAUAACUGAGACAUCAAGGUUGGGUAGUGAGCUCCCUAUAAUACAGAAAGAAAUGGUGAGGAAAUGUUGGAUAGAUGAAUAAUAGCUAUUGCAGAGGCAGUUCAGAAGCUGGUGUGCGCUCGCUCUCCGUCUCUCUGAAAGUCUAAAACUAUCCAAUGAACAACUGAGUCACCCACAUUGUUCCCUUCUAGGCAUGACACUGUGCCAGUCUGUCAAUUUAUCUUCUGUCUAAGGACACUUUAAGAAAAAUGAAGAAAUGUAAGAAAUGAUCCAAGAAAUGGACAGUCAUUUCAGGUUCUUUUGUAUUCUCAGGAAUGCGGAGUUUCAUUCCAGUAGCAGAAGUUAAGAAGAAAGCAAUCCAUGGUCUUUACAUUUCCUUCCAACAGGGCUAGUAACAGCAACUUUGUUUUUUAAGAAAUCAAGGACUAUUACCUAAUACUAGACUUUGAGCCAAAUCAUUGUGCGAUAAUCAAAGAAGAUAAUGAAAAAGCUGAAUCCAGUGGAUUUCUAAUCGUAUUGAAAUAUCAAACAUCUUCUCUCUUGCAGGUGCUGUGACAAGUAUAAUGAUCUUUACAAUUAUGUAUAUUUAUUUAAAUAUCCUCUUUCUCUUACUUGAAUGUGUACUUUUUUUUUGUGCUGCAAUGGAAGACGGACGGAAGACUGUCCCUCUGGUAUUCAACUGUAUACUUUUGAGUUCACUCUUUUUAUUGAAUUGAAGCUAUUACCUAGUCUUGGUCACUUAAGUCCUUUGGCAUUUAUACUGCUGGUCUGUGGAGAUGGAAUCGAUGUAGCCAAUUAACCAGAACUGUGAACUGUUGCUCUGAUUUUAGAUUAAUUUUUUUUCAUAGUAAAUUAGAAAUAAUAAGAAGGGGAGGACUGAUGAUUUCUCCAUCCUACCCCUGCCCCCAAGUAUAGUAGACUUUUUACUAGUUUGAAAACCACAGAAAUACAAUAGAGAUGGAGCCACAUAUUGUCAUUUCUACAAAAGAACUCAUCUUUGUGACAUAAUAGUAAUAAUAAUAAGGGUAGCUUGAACUACAAGAUAUGUAAGCCCUGGUUCUGAUUUUGUGUUCUUCUUCAUUGCUAUAAACAAUGAGAAAUUUGAUCUUAGAAAUUAAAACAACAUUUUGACAUUGCAGGAGGCAGAACAAAAUUCAUUUACCAGUGCUAGGCUUUUCAUGAUUUCUGUAUCUGCUCUCCAUAAAAAGAAAAGAAAAAAUCCAGUAGCAGAUUUUUUAAGGAGGUGCCUUCUCUUGUAAAAUUACAUUCUGUGACAGUUAGCUUUCAAGUUCCUUUCACAGAACCCAUGCAUAUAACAGCACCAGAACUGUGUGAUUUAUUUUCUGUCUUUGGAAUUACCUAAUGCAAAUAAGAUAGAGAAUCGUAGAAUCAUAAAAUAGUUUGGGUUGGAAGGGACCUUUAAAGGUCAUGUAGUCCAGAAACUGAGGAGGGACAUCUUCUACUGAGUCAGGUUGCUCAGAACCCUGUCCAACCCGACCUUGAAUGUUUCCAGAGGUGGGGCAUCCACCACCUCUCUGGGAAACCUGUUUCAGUAUUUCACCAUCCACACUGUAAAAAAUUUUUUACUGGCUCCUAUUGGAAUUUGACUUCCAGUUUCCUGACAUGACUUGCAUUUAAAAAAAAAAAAAUCCUAGAAAAGGCCUUAUACAAAAGGGGACAGAAUAUUUUACGAAUAGGAAAUUGAUUCCUCAGUCUUUUGUUGAUGAUCAGUGGUGCAGACCAUUUUUAGCAUAGUUUAUUUAUCUGGAGGAUAAACAGCUACAGAAGAAAAUUUGAAGUGGGAAAAUUCAGCAGAUGUAAUGGGCACACCAGAAGAUGGAAAUAUUAAAUUUAAUAUGUAAAUGUGGAAUACCUACCCUCUUUCAUUAGGACACAUAUACAUGAUGUGUGCCCAUUGAACCUCAGAUGAUGAGGCAAUGGGAGGCAGCAGACUAACCUUUGAGCAGUUUCAAAGCAAUCUGGCUCUGACACAGAAAUAGCAGUGACUAUAGUCACACAAAGAUAAAGCACUUUCGCUGUAAGAUUCCACAUGAAUGUGAUGCUUACAGAUUUGCUUCGAAUUUGUGUUUUGUGAUGUAGUUAUACCUAUAAUUCUGAAACAGUAUUGCUGCUCCUUGCUGUUGCAAGGUGUCUUUUCUCUCCCUCCUAACAAUAUUGCAACAAUUUCAAAGCAGGCAUUCCUCCCGUCCUUGAAACUGCUAACUUGAAACUGUCUUCUACAUCACUGAAGUAACUUCUGAGUUUAUGAUAAUGUGAUAAGAAUGAAUGUUUUGAUCCAGUUGCUUGUAGUAAGAUGAGAUCUAUUUUGCUGACAAUAAAAAUAUGGAGUAUCUGA